AUGGCUUUCUGUGAUUACUGGAACUGCGUCUGGGUCGUUAUAGGCGGCUCGGUGACGAUUUAUCUCGUCCGUCUUCUUGACCGUCUCGGGCUCGCCAUCCGAGACCGGUUUUUUCCUCCUCCUCCUCCUCCUCCUCCUCGACGUCGCCCUCCCCCCCCUCCUCCUGUAUCUCAGCCUGCCUCCCAAAGCUCUGAGCUUAAGGAUGUCCUAGAGGCGAUCAGAACGCAGACCGAGGACUUGGGUCGGCGUAUCGAUGCGGUGGAGUCGCGAUCUUCCGAGGCCAGUACCCAACUGGCUGAGGAGAUCUCGACUCUGUCGGGUUGUGUGCAAGCCCUGUCCGAGGCAUCGCGUCAAUCGUCCUCGAUGACGGAUUCUCAGGGACCCUUUGGGGAACCUGCUGGGCAUUGGACUGCAGAGUUCCGAUUCCGACCCACUGCUGGUGCAGACAGUGUUGGCCAGUGA